UCGCCACAGAAAUUCCGGGAGAUAACUUUUAUAAGUUCCAGUGUUGUUGCCAGCUUGAUGUCUGAAGCUUAAUCCUUUCUUAUAAUCUUUUUUUCUCUUAAUAAAUUUAAAAUUAGGAUUUAAUUUUAUUCGAGCCGAAUCAUUCGUUUUUGGACAUUUAGCCGAUGAGGGUUGGAUGGAUGGAUGUGCAGGGAAUUUACUUAGAUAUAGAAAAAUGAUUGGGGCAGAGGAUAUUGGAAUUAUUGUUGAUAUUAAGAAAAAACAUUGUUCUCACUCAAUAACAAAAGAUAUUAAUAUUGCACAGACUGCUAAUGCUGCUGAAUUUUUUCUAGCUGAUGGAAUUAUUUUAACGGGAAAUUCGACUGGACAAGAAGCUUCCGUUUUAGAUUUGGAAGAUGUCAACAAAGAAUGUCCAUCAUUACCAACUUUUAUUGGCUCUGGAAUUAAUGAAAAUAAUAUUAAUAAAUUUAAAAAUGCUGAUGGAUUUAUUGUUGGUUCUUAUUUUAAAAAAGGGGGCUAUUGGGGGAAUGAAAUUGAUUUAGAAAAAGUUUUGAAAUUAAAUGAAAAAGUGAAAGAAAUAAAAAGAAAUGAGGAAAAAAUAUUUUAA